UAUUCACUGAGAAAUAUGAGAAAUUCUGCUUUGGGACCAAGAUUAACACUGAGUAGAGCCCAGGUAGAUGAUACAGAAGACAUACCUGAGGAACCUGAAGAUUUUGAAACAAUAAUAGUAGAGAAGAGGAAAAUAAAAUAUAAAGCAAUAAGAGAUGAUAGAUUUGAUGGAAAAGGACGUUUGAUAAAAUAAGGAACUGGAUAUGGAAUACAGUUUGAUAAUUUUAUAACAGUAUGCGUAUUUGAUCCAAGUGAAGAAGUAGUAUAAAUAAAAGACACAUUAUCAAAUUGCACAAAUGCAAUAGAUUAAUAAAAAAUAAAUCCAAGAUUGGAUAUGAAAUAUAAAGAUGAAAAUAAAGGAGAUGAAAUCAUUCUGUUUUCAAUCCUUAAAAAAUAAAAAAACAAAUGA